AUGGCACUGUUUUACACAAGGUGCUUGCAAGAGCUGCCAAAGAUAACAGUGACAGAUGUACGUCGUCUGGCCAAGACAAGUAGCAAAGCACCGACCUCCAAGUUGGAAAAAGGAUUCAAACUUUAUGUCUCCAGUUACCUUUUCAACUAUGAAGGUAAGUGUAGCCAAGUUGCCUAUCAGACCAGACAAGGAUGUUUACUCAAAGCUGUAACAUAGUUUAUGACUUUAACAGUAGCUAGCUAACAUUAUGAUUGCUCAUUCUUUUUAUUCAAAACAGUUUCGAACAGGGACAAAGUGACAGGAGAGGUCAGCAUAAGGGCUUGCUGCUACAGGUCCAUGAGGAAAAAUUUGAAACCACACAGUUUGAGUGUAGGGUGAAAAGUCAGCUGUUUGUGAGACACUACAUGCCGGUUACACAGUCAGAGAUGAAGCCUAGUCUUAGACUAAGAAGUUCCUGUCAAUGGAGAUCUGCAUUAAGAGGCAUUGCUUAGUCUAGGACUAGGCUUAACCCAUGUCUAUGAAACUGUUCUUAGUGUAGUAACUGUUCAGUCUUCCUUGCUGUUUCUGUAAGCUGUGUUAUGUUGGACGCAUUAGAUUAAAUUUAAACAAGGGCAUAUACCCUUAAUAGAAAAGUUUAAACCCGUAUUGCUGUAAUGAAUUUAGUGGCUGUUGCAUGUUGCGCCAGUCACUUCUGUUUGCUGGUCGUGACACAUGUUGAGUGAUUUUAUAGUCUAAUCAUUUUCUUUUUAUAUCCCCACGUAGGUUGUACUGAAGCCCUCUGAGCCAGUAACAAUGGCACAACAUCACUGUUCAUGUGUUGCUGGCACUGCAUUAUGCAACCACACAGUUGCAUUACUAUUCCAGUCUGCACACUAUUCCCAGAUGGGAACACCAGUUGUCCCACCUGUGCACAGCUGCACAGAGGCCGAGCAGCAGUGGCAUAAGCCAAGGACUAUGGUAUGUUUUAAUAGCUAUACCAUAUAUCAACAUCAUAUGGUUAUAAUCAGAAAUGAUUUAAUGAAAACUUAAAUCGUCUCAUGAUUAGAUUUAGAAUAGUGCCCUUGUACUGUCUUUUUACAGAGUCUGAAACCUGGGCCCAUAGGCAAAAUGACCAUCACCAAGCCCACCAAAAAGAGCAUGGCAGAAGGAGGGAUGAGGUGAGUAUUCCCUAAUAGCCAGUAUAGUAGGUAGUAGCUGGUCAUGUCCUAUUACACUUUGACUAUAUACAAUUUCAGGUGGUUUCAAGUACAUUGUUUAGAUUGGCUAACCACAGCGGCCGCUUUGCUUUGCAGAAGUACACUCUACAGCGCCCUUCUUGGACCGCUCCCUGACCUCUCAGUUCUCCAGAUAGAAGAGGCAUACAAUAACUUUCACCCUCUAUCCAAGCCAUUGAUCUGCAGCAUGGGGAUGUCUGCUGAAAAGCUUUUAGUCGACUCCCACUUCGGAAAGGUACAGGUGGGGAGCCUCCUGUCUUACCAGCAGGCCUUCAAUCACAACGUGACACAUAGUUCACCAUAAGGAGACACCACCAUUCCCUUCACUGCCCCUGGAUGGCUACAGACUGGAGAGCAACUUUCAAGGCUGCACAUUUGUGCUCAGUGAAGAAGACCAGCUUCACAUAGAGUCUCUUCAGGUGAGCUUCGCAACAGCCCAUAAAAUAGAGGAAGCUACUAGAGAACAGAGUGCUGUCUCCGACUGGCAGGUGCUCCGGAAACCAAGACUGACCUCGUCACGGUUCCGAGAGGCUUGCCAUGUGAGAGGGCUGACAUCUGCAGGCAAUCUAGCUGAAAGGAUCCUCAAAGGCACAGCACCAACAGCUGAUAUGAAGAGGGGACUGGAGUUAGAGAUGGAAGCAGCCAGUGACUACUGCAAGAUGCAGAAUGUCAACUUCUCACCCUGUGGCCUCAUCAUACGUCCUAACAUCCCUUGGCUUGCCUCUUCUCCUGAUGGCCUGGUCUACGACCCUCUCUAGCAUCCACCUUUUGGCCUAGUUGAGAUUAAGAACCCAGAACGUAAAGGGUUUUGUGGCUUGCAAGUACGUUCACAUGCAUAACGGUGAACCUUCCCUGAAGAGGCAGCAUGCCUACUACUGGCAAGUUCAAGGUCAGUUCUACAUCACUGGGUUGGAGUGGUGUGACAUUGUUGUCUGUGCGCAUGAGGACAUUCUGUUCGAGAGAAUACACAGAGACCCAGUGGUGUUCUCUCUAAUUAGAGAGAAGGGUGACUGGUACUACUUAUAUGUGUACAUGCAAAAGUUCUUAGGCAGGAAACACUAA